AUGAGGCUUGCAGAAGAUGAUCGUAUUGAUGAGCAUGGAAACAAAAAUAUUAAGGCCUUUGAAAGGGAUAACCUUUUAGGAUAUUGGCAUCUGUUCCGGCCCAAAAGGGGUAAAAUGUUUAACAUACUACACCCCCAAGAAGCAAAUAAAGAACAUAAAGAAGAAGACGGUCAAGCCAAAGUGGUUGAACAUGUGACAUUUCAAGGAUGGAGCACAAUCACAUAGACUUGAUACAAAAUCUCGCAACCCGUUUGAUUUUCCUAGUGGUGCUGAUCUUGAAGCUAGGAGCAUUAUGUUUGGAGUACUAGCACGAUUUAGACUUAUUAUUUUUCAAGACAUUUGUGUUUUAGUUAUUGAGAAUAUUGUUAUAGG